AUGAGCGACAAGAAACAGGACGAAAAGAAAGAUCUUCCUCUGUUGCAAGACCAGCAGAAUCUUCUUGAAGGCAUAAGAAAAAUUUUAAAUCCAGAUAAUGAUAACCCACAAAUGGACGAAUAUAUCACUUCAUGCUUUGGUUACGUGAUGCAAGCCCUCUAUAAGGUAUCUAAUGCAGAAGAUCGAGAAAAGGCUUCAGAGGAGAUAGCCGAAGACUUGAAAGAACGUUUCGAAAGAUGGAAAGAUGACUUCGAGAAAAGAAAAUCCACUAUUGCUGAUGAGAAGGACAGCAACAAACUUACCGAUUAA